AGGGACCAAGAAGGAGAAAUACAUCAAAGAUUUGGAUACAUGCCGUUUUGAGCUUAAGUAACCUCCUAAUUUUAUUAGUCAGGAGCAGGACCAGUGCAAAGGAGAGAUAAUUUUAGACAUCUGUUGGACUUUUUGCUUCUCAGGCUAUAACGUUAGUCAUGUUGAGCAGGAUUAUUGGGCAUCAGAUCUCAAGGAGUCAGAAGGUAAAACAACCUCUGUGUCAUAUUUCAAGACAUCUGAGUGCCUCAUCUAUAAGAAGCCAGAAUGAUAGUAGUGCAUUAAACAAGGAGUAUGAUGCCAUUAUCAUAGGAGCAGGACAUAAUGGCUUGGUUGCUUCUGCAUAUCUUCAGAAGGCUGGAUUAAACACAUUAGUCCUGGAGAGAAGGCAUGUUAUUGGUGGUGCUGCAGUCACAGAAGAAAUUGUUCCUGGUUACAAGUUCUCCAGAUGUUCGUAUGUGCUGAGUUUACUGAGACCUAUCAUCGUAGAAGAUCUUGAGUUGAAGAAACAUGGUUUGAAAGUUCAUCUGAGGAGUGAUCAUGCAUUUACCCCUCUCUUAGAAGAACCUGGUCCAAAUGGAAGACCAAGAUCUCUUCUUAUGAGCAAAGAUGAGGAAUUUACCAAGCAGCAGAUUGCACAGUUCUCUAAGAAAGAUGCUGAGGUUUACCAUAAAUUUGAUGAGUAUCUCAACAAGAUAGCUGGAGCCCUGGGACCCCUCCUAGACAACCCUCCUCUUGACCUACUACCAAGCAGCCGUACGUCAUUCAAACAAAAGAUGCAGAUGGUUGAUAUUGUCAAGUCUAUCGCCCAGUCAGGCAAAACACUUGGUCAAGACAUCCCUGAGUUCUACAAUUUGUUAACAGCUCCUAUGAAUAAGAUCCUUGAUAGUUGGUUUGAAUCGGAGCCACUGAAGGCUACUCUGGCUACAGACUCUGUGAUUGGUGCAUUCUUGACCCCUGACACUCCAGGAAGUGGGUAUGUGUUAUUACACCAUGUGAUGGGAGAGAUAGAUGGAGUAAAAGGAGCUUGGGGGUACGCUGAAGGUGGUAUGGGGGCGGUCUCUGCAUCCAUCGCUAGCGCUGCAAGAUCUCAUGGAGCUACCAUUCUUACUGAAAAGCCUGUAAGUUCCUUGCUCAUCUCUGAUGAUGACAGGGCCUGUGGAGUGGUAUUAAAAGAUGGUACAGAGAUCAAGAGCAAGAUGGUCUUAUCUAAUGCCACUCCCAAAAUCACAUUUCUGGAUUUAAUUCCUUCUGGCAUAUUACCUGAGAAACUGAGACAAGAGGUGUCUUCAUUUGAUUUCAAAUCACCUGUUACAAAGAUAAAUGUUGCUGUGGACAGACUUCCAAACUUCACUGCCUUGCCAAACAAUAGUGAUAACACACCAGGACCAAACCACUUCGGUACCAUCCAUCUUAACUGUGAAAGGACUGAUCUCCUCAACAAGGCUUACAACAGUGCAAUGGUUGGGGAAAUACCUGAAUUACCAAUGAUAGAGAUGUGCAUCCCAUCCUCCCUGGAUCCAACCCUGGCCCCCGAGGGCUGUCAUGUCAUCUCUCUCUUCACUCAAUAUACACCAUAUGAACUCAGUGGAGGAAGACAAUGGGAUGAGGAGACUAAGAAUACGUACUGUGAUAGAGUAUUUGAUUGCAUAGAAGCGUAUGCCCCUGGAUUUAAGGAGAGUGUUGUUGGGAGGGAUAUCCUUCCCCCUCCUGAGCUGGAGAGAAUCUUUGGGCUGACUGGAGGGAAUAUCUUCCACGGAGCAAUGUCUUUGGAUCAGCUGUACUUCAGUCGCCCGUUCCCGUCCUGUGGUAGCUAUCGUACCCCCAUCAAGGGCCUGUACCUCUGUGGGAGUGGUUCUCAUCCAGGGGGUGGGGUAAUGGGUGCACCAGGGAGGAAUGCUGCUUUGGUGGUCAAGGCUGAUAUGUCCUGAAGAAGUUGCCAUGGAAACUGCUUUAAGAUUUCAUCUUGGUCCUUGUGAUUGAUUCAGAGUAGCUCUUUUGUGACUGAUUUUCGCUCAUCUUACAAAGUAAAAGUUGGUAAUUUGGUUGGAUGGGACGUUUUUUACAAUUGAUCAUGAAUUGUGCGAUGUUGGUAUCAGUGCCCUGUAUAAAAGAAGAUCAAAAGGGAAGUCUACCCCAACAAAUAGUUGGUUUUGAUAAAACAAGUAAAAAUUCAGUAUGCAUAUCAUUGGAAAUUUCAUUGAAAUUGGAUGUAAAAUGUGAAAUUUGUAAGUUUCUAUUGAUUUCACAAAACAGUUAUUUGCACAUCCUGGACAAUAUGCAUACUUGAUAAUUCUUGUGCGAAUUGCCAUUGUUUUAACCUAUUGUGAUCCAUUAUAGAGUUUUUUUUAUUAUCUAAUCUGCAAAACUUGAAAUAUUGUAUAAAUCAUACAAUAACUUACAAAAGAAAUACUGUGUGUGACACCAUUGAUUUAUCAAUAUCUCACUGAUAUGCAUAUAACUGUUUUGUGAAAA